AUAACUAGCAUUUCUUUUUAUUUUUUACAUAAUGUUUGUGCAUUAAUAUUAUAAUUUUUUCAUAAAUGUUUUUAGGCAAAAUUAAUUGAUUUGGACGGGAGUGCACGUGUGAUGGUCAGUGAGGUCCAAAUUAAUAGAUGCAACCAUACAUCGGUAUUAAAACUUACUAGCGAUCUAAUGUCGAUAGUUUUUUCGCAAACAGACCUUGCGAAUUCUUCAGUAACUGGGAAAGUAGCAAAUAUACACAAGAAAAAAGAGGGAGUUAAGGCUAAAGCAAAGCUCGACACACUAAAAGUGGAUGCGAUCAAAUUUUAUGUGAACUCAAAAUUUAAGUCAUGUGCAAUAUCUAAUAUAGAUCAACUAAUAAAUAAAGAGAUUGUUCAGAAGCUAAAUAACGCUUCUAAAAAUAAUAAACGUACAAGUACGUGCAAUAUGGAGUCAACAUUGACAUAAAAUGAAAGAAUAUACCCAAAAACAAAGCAAUUGAGCAAAAAGUAUAGUUUUAAAAAUAUUAACACGUGAAAACAUAAUAUUUUAAAUGCAUUAAUAAUAUAUUAAAAGUUUCGAUUACAGCACAUUUUAUUUUUAU